AUGGACUUUGACGAAUAUGAAUCGCUUCCUACGAAAAAUUUUGCAGUCCAUAUGACAGCAGGAGCUAUUGCGGGUGUUCUGGAGCAUUGCGUUAUGUAUCCUUUCGAUUCAGUUAAGACUAGAAUGCAAAGUUUAUCUCCUCAAGUAAAUUACAGUAAUCCUUUGCAAGGAUUAACAUUGGUCGUGAGGCAGGAAGGAAUGUUUAGGCUUUUCAGAGGUAAAUUUACAUUUUCUCCUUGUUAA